AGUCGCUAAUUUUCAUAUUUACGGCCGUUCUCCAAAAAUUUUUGAACGCGCACAAAUUGUUAAGCUUUAUGCUCCAGAAAAGCUGGAGGUUUCGCUGGUAAAUGUGCAUUAAAGGCCAAUUUGAUGCGCAAAGUGGAUAAAGCCUCGACUCCAGGGAAAACUCGCGGAAUUAUGUGAUAAAAGUCUCUCUGUAAAGCGAUAAUCUCUAGGGUAAAGCGUAGGUAUGGCACGAGGGCACUCCGUCAAGGACUCGGACCCUGAGUCGGAUGCUCAGGGCCAAGAGUCCGAUCAGAGCGUUUCCAGGGACGAUUUUCCGUACAAAAAUAUUGAAGCGACACAGAUGGAUGAGGGUUACAUGACCAAAAGUGACGCAGAAGGCGAAUAUAUGAAAGAUACCCAGGGGUACCUAGAAGAUGUUAGACAAGGGUACCUGGAUGAUGUCAUCGCAACGAGGACACCCUCGAGAGGUGGAUCCCUUGAGAAUGAAGCUCUACUGCUUGACAUUGCGAGCGCGAGUCGCAACUCCAAGAGCUUUAUCGAAAAAUUUGCAAAAUAUUCACACAUUUUAAAAACGAGCAGCACAGAGACUUCCACUCCUGUCGUUCAAAAUAUCGUAGCAUCGGUCCAUUUAGGCCGAGAAUUGGACCUGAGAGAGAUUGCAAUAUCAACCAGAAACGCAGAAUAUAAUCCAAAGAAAUUCAACGCCCUCGUAUUGCGCAUGCACAACCCAAAGUGCACUGGACUCAUUUUUAGAACUGGAAGAAUUAUCAUUACCGGAUCAAGAACUACCGAAGCUGCGAGGCUUGGAGCAAAGAGAAUGGCAAAGAUAAUACGCCGAGUUCUCGGAGGGGACGAUUUCGCGUUUAGGAAUUUUAAAAUUGAAAAUAUUAUCGCAACAUUCAACUGUAAUGUACCAAUAAGACUCGAAGUUUUAUCAAGCGAACAUGAAGAUCUCUGUAAUUAUGAACCAGAGUUUUUUGCAGGCUUGGUAUUUCGUUUCUCACUUACCGACACUUCAGAGGCAGUACUCUUAAUCUUUGUCUCGGGCAACGUCAUCAUCACUGGCUGCAAGUCGAUGGAGGAAGUCCACCACGUCUUCAACACCAUGCAUCCCAUUCUCCUCCGGUACCAAGAAUGAUGGGCCAUCCGACUGAAAGGAGGAAUGGUAACCCUAAUGCAUAGCAUGAAGGGAGCUUUGGCAACACUUGGAAGUACAAAUGAUCACUAGAGGGACACAAGAAUGGUGACGAAGCUCAUCCAUCUUCCGAAGAAUGGAUGAAUACUACUCCAUUCCGAGCACAUCAUAGUGACAAGAGACUCAACUACUGGGCAAUG